AAGAAAGAAAUUGUUAGUAAAGUUUUUGCAAAGGGUGUAGCAGAAGAGUCAAUGUCAAACAAUCCUCAAAUAGAGUAUGAUGUUUUUGUUAGCUUCAGGGGCAAGGAUAUCCGCCAAGGUUUUCUUAGCCAUUUGAUUGAGGCUUUUCCUCGGAAGCAAAUAACUGCCUUUGUUGAUGAUAAACUUAGAAGAGGAGAUGAUAUAUCGCCAUCACUUCUUGGAGCAAUUGAAGGAUCAUUCAUUUCAUUAAUCAUAUUCUCUGAAGACUAUGCUUCUUCACAUUGGUGUUUGGAAGAACUUGUAAAAAUAGUUGAAUGCAAAGAGAAAAAAGGACAGAUUGUAAUACCUGUUUUCUACCAUGUCGAUCCCACCGAUGUACGACAUCAAAAGAAGAGUUUUGGAAAUGCACUACAUGAACAUGAAAAAAAGUAUAAUUUGUCCAAGGUGCAAAUGUGGAGAGAUGCUUUGAACAAAUCUGCUAAUUUAUCAGGGAUCAAAUCAUCUGAUUUUCGGAAUGAUGCUGAGUUGCUUGAAGAAAUUGUCAAUCUUGUGUUGAUGAGGUUGAGUAAGCACCCAGUUAAUUCAAAGGGACUUAUUGGAAUUGACAAAUCAAUUGCACAUUUGGAAUCAUUAUUAUGUGAAGAGUCAAAAGCCGUCCGUGUUAUUGGAAUUUGGGGUAUGGGCGGCAUCGGUAAGACAACCAUUGCAGAAGAAUUAUUUAACAAACUAUGUUUUAAAUAUGAAGGGUGCUGUUUUUUGGCAAAUGUGAGAGAAGAAUCAAGAAGACAUGGGAUACUUUCUUUAAAAGAAAAACUUUUUUCUGCAUUAUUAGUAGAAGAUGUACAAAUUAACACACCAAAUGGAUUGUCCAGUGAUAUUGGAAGAAGGAUUGGUCGUAAGAAGGUUCUUAUUAUUCUUGAUGAUGUUGAUGAUCCGGAUCAAGUAGAAAAAUUAUUUGGAACCCGUGAUUGCUUCAGAUCAGGUAGUAGAAUAAUUGUAACGACAAGGGAUAAGCAAGUACUGAAUGCCAACAAAGUUGAUGACAUAUACCAGGUUGGGGAAUUAAGCUAUGGUGAAGCACUUGAGCUUUUCAAUUUGAAUGCCUUUAAUAAAAGUCAUCUUGAUAUGGAGUAUUAUGAGCUAUCAAAGAGGGUGGUCCAUUAUGCCAAAGGCAUUCCAUUAGUUCUUAAAGUUUUGGGUCAUCUUCUCUGUGGAAAAGAUAAGGUAGCAUGGGAAAGUCAGUUGGACAAACUUAAAAAACUGCCAAGUAAAAAAGUUCAUGAUGUAAUGAGACUAAGUUAUGAUGAUCUAGAUCACAGAGAGCAAAAGAUUUUUUUAGAUCUUGCAUAUCAUGAAAGUGAUAAUUCAGUGACUAUUGUGUUGGAAAGGCUAAAAGAUAAAGCUCUUAUAAAUGUUUCUAAAGAUAAUUAUGUGUCUAUGCAUGAUAUUAUACAAGAAAUGGCUUGGGAGAUAGUUCGCCAAGAGUCAAGUGAAGAACCUGGAAAUCGCAGUCGAUUAGGGGAUCCUGAUGACGUUUUCCAUGUAUUAAAAAAUGAUACAGGGACUAGGGCCAUCAGAAGCAUAACGGCAGACUUGCCUAUGAUUAAGAAGUUGAAGUUAAGCUCUCAUAUGUUUGUUAAUCUGAACAAACUUCAAUUUUUCGAUUUUUAUUAUGAAUACAGUCAUUACAGCACAGAUCCUUUUCCUGAAGGACUUCAAUAUGUUCCAACUGAACUAAGAUAUCUUCGUUGGAUAAAUUGUCCUUUGAAAUUCCUUGCAGAGCAAUUUUCUCCUGAGAAACUUGUGAUAUUAGAUUUGUCAUGUAGCCAAGUGGAAAAGCUUUGGGAUGGAGUGAAAAAUCUGGAGAAUUUAAAAGAAGUUAUACUCAAAGGUUGUGCACUCUUAAAAGAGCUACCAGACUUUUCAAAAGCUACAAAUCUCAAAGUAUUGGAUAUUAGUUAUUGUGAACAGCUGACUAGUGUACACCUUUCUAUUUUCACUCUUAAAAAGCUUGAGAGUUUGAAUCUAAGUGGUUGUCUUUCCCUUACCAAACUCUCAAGUGAUUCCCAUUUGAGCUCCCUUUGUUAUCUUGACCUUCAUGGCUGCCGCAAACUAAGGGAAUUCUCGGUGACAUCAGAGAAUAUGAUUGAACUAAAUUUGUCAAACACUUGUGUCAGUGAAUUGCCUUCAUCUUUUGGACAUCAAAGCAAGCUUGAAAUUCUACAUCUAGAAAACACCAAAAUUAAUAGCUUGCCUUCAAGCAUAAAGAAUCUAACAAGACUGAGAUAUCUUAGUGUGCGUAGUUGUGCUAAGCUUCAAGCUUUACCAGAGCUUCCUGCAUCUCUUGAAACUAUAAUUGCCAUCAAUUGCACAUCACUGGAGUUCAUGUUGUUCCCAUUAUUGUGUACUCAACAACUUCACGAAAAUAGAAAAGGAGUUGAGUUUUGGGAUUGCCCAAAAUUGAAUGAAGAUUCUCUUAUGGCUAUUGGUUUGAAUGCACAAGUCAACAUAAUGAAUUUUGCAUACCAGCAUUUAUCAGCACCAAAAUAUGAAUGCAUUGAAAAUUACAGUGAUUACAAUGAUCUUCAUGUUUCUUAUCAAGCAGUGUACAUGUAUCCAGGAGGCAGUGUUCCAGAGUGGUUGAUUUACAAGACCACAAAGGAUUAUAUAAUUAUUGAUCUCUCUUCUACUCUACAUUCCCCUUUAUUGGGCUUCAUUUUCUGCUUCAUCCUCAGCAAGGACAAGCAAUUAUUUUUCGGCCAAAAAUUGCAAUUUAACAUCACUGUAAGUGAUGGUGACAGUGAAAGGAAAGAGGACAAUGUUGAAAUAUACACUUCAAUGCCAUCUCCGAUAAUUGCAUUAGAUCAUGUGUGUGUCGUAUACGACCAACGAUGUUCAAGCUACCUAAAUAGCAGAAUCAAAAUCCAACCAAAGCUUUUAAUCAAGGCUACAGCAUUGGUGACAUCUAAGUAUAGCGAAGAUAGUAAUCCCAAAAGGGUGCUACUAAAAGGAUUUGGGGUCACCCCAAUAAACACCCCAAUAUAUCGAAACUUGAUUCAGCAAAUGAGAUUGCGUUACUGA